AUGGCAGGCUUCGCCUCAGAGCCCUUAGUGUGCGAACGGUUUCACUCGCGGCACGACCCUCACUGGCUGCUGGAGUUUUUGCCUUCGCCGCUCUGCUUGGCUUGCGCCAUUGAGACGCUGAAGGAGGACGGAGUCUCGCUAAUACGCAAGAAGCAUGUGGUCUCUUGUCUCCGAGAUGUUCUGACUCAGCAUGCAACAAGAGUCAUCCCAUUGUUCGUUCAGAAUGAAAGAAUAUGUGCUUAUUUUAUAGCAACUUUGUUUGGAAUCUUACAAAUUGUAGAAGACAGCAAUAUCCUGGAUUUACUUAUUGAAGUAUUAGUACAGUUGGUAGUAGAGCUGAAAUUGGAGAGGUAUCUGCAUUAUCUAUUGGAUGAAUGUCAGAAAGAGUUAUGCAAGAUAGCCACAACAAGAAAUAGUUUGCCUGUAUUUAUUCUUCUUGGAAAGUUGGCAGAUGCUAUUCCAUUGUUUGCUGAUACUUUAGUGACUGAACACAGUAACCUGAUUGAGCAUCUGACUGCAGGUUUGAUGUACCCCAAUGAGAGGAUAAAAGCUGCUGUAUGUUAUCUUUAUGGCAAACUGUAUGCUGUCCCCAGUGCUGCAGAGCAGUUGACUAUUCAUUUCAAAGAUAAACUUAAUAGUCUCAUUCUGACUACUUUGAAGGAUGCUCAGACCAUGGAACUGCAACUUAACUCUGUAGGUUUAUUAAAGCAAUUGCUGAAAUAUGAUAAUUUUGUUUCAAUUAUCAUGAGUUUUACAGGAAAAGCAGUAGUUUCUGCAAGUCCUGAGUUAUUUGAAGGAGAUAGUUUAUUACCUUUAAUUCUCAAGAAGUUGCUAUUAUCAAGAGAUGAAAUAUUACAGGUGGCAAGUACACAAUGCAUGGCUGCUAUAUUGGUGCACUCUCCAGCUAAAUAUGCUCCUGCUUUUAUCCAUGCAGAUAUUCCAGAAUUUCUAUUUGAAUGUCUCUUCUGCAUGAGUGAAAGUCUCAUCUGGUCAGUUUAUUGUUGCCUGUUGCUCCUUACUGAAGAACAGCUUUUCUUUUCCAAAUGCCACACUGUCUAUGGCAUAGAACCUUUUAUAAAGAGCUUGAAAGAAACUUUGCAUCUUAAUAAUAUAGAAUUGCAAAAACAAGGACUUCUACUUUUUACUGAAAUUUUGAAAAAGCAACCGGAAGAUAUUAAAUUAUUUACAAAUAUUGCUACAUUUAAAGAUGCUGUUAGUGUUCUAAUGGAAGCUGUGAAAUGCCCUGUUACUGAAGUAGCAUCUGAAGCAGUGAAAGCUGUUACUGCAAUUUUGAGAAAGGAUCAUGUGAGCUUUCCACCUAUACAAUAUGAGCAACUACAGAAAUUGAUUGAAACUAUAUUGAUUCGAUGUAAUGAUCUCCCACUGGCACCGUUUAGUAAGAGGCUGAUGGAUCAUCGAGGGGAUAGAUGUAACAAUAGAGCACUUUCACAACAGGCACAGUUCUUGCAGAGUGCCUUGGAAAGCUUCAGAAAUGCUUGUAGUUUAGCUGUGCAAUACCAAAAAGAUCCUCUGGCUCAGAAGAAUGCCUUUACAGCUCCAAAUUCAGAGAAUAUUGAGACAUUGAAAAGAUUUUCGGAAUUUCUUCUAUGGAUAUCUGAUUCACUUUGCAUUCCCCUGGUCAUGAAAUAUUCUGAAAGGGCUGUCCGCCCAGGUAUUAUGGAAGUCUUCAUCUCAGCACUUAGCAUCCUGUUCAAUGUUGUGCCCGACAUGCAUAAGAGAUUAUCCAUUAAGAUGGCAUCUUCUUCUUUCAUCCAGCUGAACCUGGAAUUGAAAGCUAAAUUCUGCAGUGGACAAAGUAAUGCUGCCUUGAAUCAAGCUUGUUCUAGUUUUCUUCAUAGCAUGUGCCUCAGUCUUCAUUUGUCCUCUGAGAAAAUGGUGGAUUCCUCAAAACAAAAGCAAGAAAUAUCUGAACUCCUGUGGAAGACUCUGCCCCUAUUAAACUUCAGUGCACUGGAAAGUCUCAGACUCUUAUCUGAAACCCCAGAUCCCUUAUGUUUAAAUGAAACACUUCGUAAUCAGCAAUAUAGCCUUCUGUUUCUUUUCUACCUUGCUUUUAGUCAUGAAGACAGAAUUGUUCCAGAAGCAGAUCUAUUCUCAGCUAUAUCAAGUUUUCUUCUGUCUGUUGAGGACCAGGGAGAUUGUCCACCUCCAUAUAUUGUUAAAGCUAUUUUGUAUCUUCUGGCAAUUUGUCAGCACAAAAGUAAAGUUUUAGAUUUGCCAUGCCUUUCUGCUAUAAGGAAAAUCCUGGAUGUUAUAUCUGAUCUCAGCCUAGUGUAUGUUCAUCAUCCUCUACUGCUUAAGUUCUUUUUACAAUAUCCUGAUCUUAUGGGAAGAUUUGGUCAUUGCAUCCUUCAACUCUGGUUUUCCUAUGAAGAUUUCUCCCAAACUGAAUAUGAAGAUGCUGCCACAAGAGGCUCUGUUGACUUUUCUGACUCUUCAAUCAACUUUAAUAGUUUGAUUUGCUUGCUAAAAGCCAAUCCCAGUGCUGUACUUGUAUUACUGGAUCUAGUCUGCUUUGGCACCAAUGAAGUGGCUCAAAAAGUCUUAAUUUCACUGAAAAAAUUCUUAAGAAUAGCUGAGGAUCUCCAUGUCUGUGACCUUCUUCGAAGCCAGUUUCUACAGAUUUUGCAACAGCUUUUAGUAGACAAUAAUUCCAGUAUUUCACAAGCAAGCCAGAAUGUGCCACUUUUGUUAAAUCUCCUUUUCCUGGUUCAGCUGAGAUAUGCAACAGAACAAGAGUUGGAUAAUACAGGCUUCAGACUGCUUCGCUUAGUUAUCAAUUUGUGUGGGAAAUGUAAUCCAACAGACACUGAAAUUCUUCAACCAUCCCUGAACUUUCUUUAUUGGAGCCUUCAGCAGACAAUUCGUUCCAGCCAACAAAUAGUGGUAGUAUUGUUACUUUCCAAUAAAUCUUUGAUAAAGCUCCUUGAGAAAGUCCUCUACUGCACCUGGAUGGCAACCUCUUUCUCUGAACCUGUCUUCUCCUCAUCCAUUGAAUCACUUAUUUGUUCUGCUUGGCUUUUGACAGCUUCACUCUUGACUCAACAAAAUAUUUACAAUACAGAGGUUCAUCACAUGAUCUCCUUGGAUGUGGACAAGGUCUUCAAUGCAGUUGCAUACAGAAAAAAGAGCAUAUUAUUCUUUGUUAGCAUCCUUCAGUUUUUGAGAGCCUUCUUUAAGGAGAACCUCUGUUCAUCCUUUGUGAAGUUUAUUGUCCAGUCCACAGAUGAACAGAAAAAGGAACUGCCACAGUCAAAAGAGAAUAUUUCCUUGUUUCCACUGGCUAUGUGGCAUGUACUGUCCUUGGUUGCUAGAUUACAAAACCUACUUGUCCAGAAGGACUUUUUGCUAUCACAGACUGUUAUUGGAUGUCUUGAAGUCUUGUUGGAAUAUCUGUAUCUGAAAAAUCAGAGCACCGCGUGUCAUAUUGCCUCACACCCAUGGAAUAAAUUUCUAUUGGUCACACUUUUAGAUGGUAAUGAGAAUUCCUUUCUUAACUCAGAAAUUCUGAGACUCAUUAGUUUGUUUAUGAAAUAUCAGGACAUCAGGACUGUUUCUGAAAUUGAAAUUACCCAUAUUCUUGAAGAAGCAGCUCAUAUCAACGUGCUAGAACUUUCUAAUGACACAAUCAGUGCUCUUCGCUCGUUUCUUCUUCAGCUUCAAAAAAUAAAAUAUGAAGUGAAUUCAAGCAAAAAAGCUGUGAUCCAAACAUUAUUGGAGAACCUCCCACCCGUAAACAGGCCUCAAUGGACCCAUCAAGGCCUGGUGUAUCUUUUUUCAGAGGAUAUCUAUAGAGGUAUUAAAGUGAAGUACAGUCUGCUUUGUCGUUGA